UCGAAUAUCGUUAUUUGCGAUGGAAGCCGAAGGACAAUGGAAGAGACGGUCGAACUGGUGGAUUACUCUCUAUUUUCUGCUAUGCUUCGGGAAGCUGGCUACGGCUCAGAUCAAAUACAUUGUCCCAGAGGAGGUAAAAGAGGGAUCUGUUGUGGGAAAUAUUGCUAAGGAUUUGAGCCUUGAUAUCAGUAAUCUGGUGCACCGACGGUUCCGUAUUGUUUCUGGGCCCGAUGACGCUCUUUUCCAGGUAAAUCAGAACAAUGGCGAGUUGUAUGUUAAUAAGAGAAUCGACAGGGAGCAGCUGUGUGAUGGAAACGCUGUUUGUUCGAUAAAUUUGAAAAGCGUCAUUGAAAACCCUUUGGAGGUGCAUUACAUAGAAGUGGAAAUAACCGAUGUAAACGAUAAUCCACCCAUUUUCCCGAGAUCUGAGCAGCAAUUUGAAAUAGCUGAACACACACUGUUGGGAACACGUUUUCAAGUCCAGACUGCCCGAGACCCUGAUCUGGGAAUGAACACGGUUCGAUACUAUAAAUUAAGUCCGAAUGAACUAUUUGAUAUCGACGUUCGAGAAAGGCAUGGUACAAAAAUACCGUUUUUAGUUUUAAAGAAAGCGCUGGACAGAGAAAGGCAGAGCACACAUAGACUCAGACUGACAGCUACAGAUGGUGGAAACCCACCGAAAUCAGGGACUCUUAACAUAACUGUUAUUGUAGCAGAUAUAAAUGAUAACCGGCCCGUCUUCAGUCGCGAAUCAUACUCCGCAACACUCCGGGAAAAUGCACCUUUGGGCACCGUGAUAAUUACAAUUAACGCAACUGAUUUAGAUGAUGGAAUGAAUGGCGAAAUUGAGUAUUCGUUAGGAGAAAAUGUGGAUAGGAAAAUCCACGACCUCUUUAUGCUUGACAAGAUCACAGGUGACUUAAAAGUGAAAGGGAGUGUAGAUUUUGAGGAAACAGGUGUCUUUAAAUUGGACGUACAGGCCUCAGAUAAAGGUCUGCCUUCUCUUAUAGCUGAAGCAGAACUCAGCAUUAAAGUUGAAGAUGUUAAUGACAAUUCUCCAGAAAUUGAGAUAACAUCACUUUCCAGUGUCGUGUCUGAAAAUGUUAAUCCUGGGACAGCCAUAGCCUUAAUCGGUGUUUCAGAUAAGGACUCCGGUGUCAAUGGAAAAGUUAUCUGUACAUUACCCCAAAAUAUACCCUUUGAGCUGAAAUCGUCAUUUAAAGAAAACAUUUAUUCGUUAGUGACAAAGGGGCGUUUAGAUAGAGAAGUGACGACAGGUUAUGAAAUCACAAUAACAGCCACUGACUUGGGACAUCCACCUCAGUCAUCUUCUAAAACAUUAAACAUACAGGUCUCUGAUGUGAAUGAUAACUUCCCAGAGUUUACUCAGACUUCAUUUGAGCUCUAUUUACCUGAAAACAAUGCCCCUGGAGCUUCUAUAUUCUCCAUCACUGCCUUUGACAAAGAUUUAAACGAAAAUGCUGCAAUAAUAUAUAACCUAAAUCAAGGUGAUGUAACAUCUUUUCUAAACAUUAAUUCGGACACUGGAAAUAUUUAUGCACUGAAAAGUUUUGAUUUUGAAGCUGCCAAAACAUUCCAGUUUCAAGUUGUUGCUUCAGACACUGGAAGUCCGUCUCUGAGCAGUAACGUGACAGUGAACGUGUUUAUUCUGGAUCAGAACGACAAUGUUCCAGUGAUCUUAUAUCCAGUGAGUGCUAACGGUUCUGCUGAGGGUGUGGAGGAGAUUCCCCGCAAUGUGAACGCAGGUCAUUUGGUGACUAAAGUCAGAGCCUAUGACGCAGAUAUAGGAUACAAUGGCUGGUUAUUAUUUUCACUGCAGGAAGUUAGUGAGCACAGUCUCUUUGGUUUGGACCGCUAUACAGGACAGAUAAGGACCCUUCGCUCAUUCACAGAAACAGACGAGGCCCAGCAUAAACUGGUCAUACUGGUCAAAGACAAUGGGAACGUGUCACUCUCAGCAACAGCGACUGUGAUUGUCAAAGUUGUGGAGCCCAAAGAGGCUUUUGCAGCUUCUGAUGUGAAAAACGCAGUAAAAGACGAGGAGGAAAACAACGUGACAUUUUAUUUGAUCAUCACUUUGGGCUCGGUUUCAGUGCUUUUUGUCAUCAGUAUCAUCGUGUUGAUUGUAAUGCAGUGCUCCAAAUCUACAGACUAUUCAUCCAAGUAUUUACAAGAGGCAAAUUACGACGGGACUCUGUGUCACAGCAUCCAGUACAGAUCUGGAGACAAACGGUACAUGUUAGUUGGGCCCAGAAUGAGUAUUGGAUCUACUAUAGUCCCGGGCAGUAAUAGAAAUACUCUAGUGAUACCAGAUCGCAGGAGGAGGGAUUCUGGGGAGGUAAGGUGCAUUUUAACACAUUUGCGAAAUUAUUAUUAUUAUUGCAUUUUUAUUCAUAUAAAUGUAUUUAUUCAUAUAAAGUUGUUAUCGUUCAUCAUGAAAGGCGGAGGACAAAGGCGCAGAUGGGAGUACUGGUGGAUUAUUCUGUGUUUCUCUUUGAUGUUGAGCUUCGGGCAGGAGGUCUCAGCUCAGAUACGGUACACUAUUCCAGAGGAAUUGAAAGAAGGAUCCGCUGUAGGAAAUAUUGCUAAGGAUUUGGGUCUUGACAUCAGCACCUUAGUUAACAGAAGGUUCCGUAUUGUCUCUGGAUCAAAUGACGCCCUUUUACAGGUAAAUCAAAACAAUGGCGUCUUGUCUGUUCAUAGGAAAAUUGACAGAGAGGAGAUUUGUGAUGGAAAUGGCCCAUGCUUGAUUAACCUAAAAAUGGUAGUGGAAGAGCCUUUGGAAAUACAUUACGUCGGAGUAGAGGUAACUGAUGUUAAUGAUAAUUCCCCCACAUUCACAGAAGAGGAGCAGCAUUUCGAUAUUGCGGAACACACACCCACAGGGACACGUUUCCAAAUACUGCCUGCUCGAGAUGCUGAUACAAGAGCGAAUAAUGUCCGGUCAUAUAAACUGAGUCAGAACGAGCAUUUCGAUGUUGAGACAAAGGACAGAGAUGAGGAGAAAAUACCGCUUUUAGUUUUAAAGAAAGGAUUGGACCGUGAAAACACAGCAGAGCAUAGAUUAAUAUUGACUGCAGUCGAUGGUGGAAAUCCACCAAGAUCAGGCACUCUUAACAUAAUUAUCACAGUUCUUGAUAUUAAUGAUAAUCGACCUGUGUUCAGUCAAGACACCUAUUCUGUCUCGGUAAAAGAAAAUGCUGCUAUCGGAACAGUCCUGGUCAAACUUAACGCAACUGACUUGGACGAAGGUUCAAAUGGCGUUGUAGAAUACGCAUUUGGAAGAAAUCUGAAGCGUAAAGUCUACGAUCUGUUUAAACUGGAUAGUCUCACAGGAGAAAUUCGUAUAAAAAGUCAACUGGACUUUGAGGAAACAGAGGUGUACAAAUUAGACGUGCAGGCAUCAGAUAAAGGCCAACCUCCAUGGAUCGUUGAAUCUGUCGUUACUAUUAAGAUAAUAGAUAUAAAUGAUAAUGACCCUGAAAUAGACGUAACAUCGCUUUCCAGUGUUGUUUCUGAAGAUUCUAAACCUGGGACUGUAAUUUCACUGAUAAGCAUUAGCGACAAGGAUUCUGGUAUUAAUGGAAAAGUAGUACCAACUAUCUCUGAUGAUGUUCCUUUUGAGCUGAAGACAUCAUUUCAAGAUAAUAUUUAUUCCCUGGUCACGAAGGGAAAACUAGAUCGAGAACUUCAGUCCCAUUACGACAUCACAAUAACAGUUACUGACUUAGGACAUCCUCCUUUAUCCGCCAUUAAAUCACUAAGCGUGCAUGUUUCAGAUGUUAAUGAUAACAGCCCAGUAUUUUCUCAAAACCCGCUUGAAUUAUAUUUAGUAGAAAAUAACGCACCUGGUGCUUCUAUAUUUUCUGUGAGUGCCUCCGAUGAAGAUUUAAAUGAAAACGCAAUGAUUACUUAUAAUAUUGUGAGAGGAGAAAGUGCACAAAGUGAUAUGGCUUCAUUAUUGAACAUGAACUCUGAAACGGGUGUUAUUUACGCUUUAAAAAGCUUUGAUUUUGAAAUAAUAAGAAAGUUUCAGCUCCAAGUUAUUGCAAAGGAUUCAGGAGCGCCAUCGCUGAGCAGUAACGUGACAGUGAACGUGUUUAUUCUGGAUCAGAACGACAAUGUUCCAGUGAUCUUAUAUCCAGUCAGUGCUAACGGUUCCGCUGAGGGUGUGGAGGAGAUUCCCCGCAAUGUGAACGCAGGUCAUUUGGUGACUAAAGUCAGAGCCUAUGACGCAGAUAUAGGAUACAAUGGCUGGUUAUUAUUUUCACUGCAGGAAGUUAGUGAGCACAGUCUCUUCGGUUUGGACCGCUAUACAGGACAGAUAAGGACCCUUCGCUCAUUCACAGAAACAGACGAGGCCCAGCAUAAACUGGUCAUACUGGUCAAAGACAAUGGGAACGUGUCACUCUCAGCAACAGCGACUGUGAUUGUCAAAGUUGUGGAGCCCAAAGAGGCUUUUGCAGCUUCUGAUGUGAAAAACGCAGUAAAAGACGAGGAGGAAAACAACGUGACAUUUUAUUUGAUCAUCACUUUGGGCUCAGUUUCAGUGCUUUUUGUCAUCAGUAUCAUCGUGUUGAUUGUAAUGCAGUGCUCCAAAUCUACAGACUAUUCAUCCAAGUAUUUACAAGAGGCAAAUUACGACGGGACUCUGUGUCACAGCAUCCAGUACAGAUCUGGAGACAAACGGUACAUGUUAGUUGGACCCAGAAUGAGUAUUGGAUCUACUAUAGUCCCGGGCAGUAAUGGGAAUACUCUAGUGAUACCAGAUCGCAGGAGGAGAGAUUCUGGAGAGGUAAGAAUUAAUUUAAAACUUCAGCAUUGA